CUCUAAUUCUGAAACUAGAUAGUCUAGAUUGAUAGCCGACCAUUUUUAGGGGAAUUCAUUAGAACCGAAAGUCACGUCACCAAACCACGCACCCAUCAACCCAAAAAACCAAAAGCCCACAGGUUCUUUUUCUUGCCACUAAGCAAAACUCAAAAUUUCAGCCUCCUUCUUCUUAUUAUUUUAUUACUGAAUUUAUAGAAGAAUCCUCACCUUCAAUUAUUCUCGCUUCAAAUGAAAUUGUUCCAGUGAUUUUCAUGAUUUCUACGCCGUUUUCCCAUAUGUGAUUUUUGGAGGUUUUGAUUGGAAAUCUUAUCUGGGUCUGCUUUAAAACGCCCUAAAAAUGGUGGUCUCUUUAUCUUCAACGGGUUCGUUGUUGUUACCUCUUGCUACAAGUAAUGGGAGUUCUAGUAGAUCCUCUAGAUUUGCUGUUUCGGCUGAUAAAAGAAUGAAUUUGUUUUAUCAUAAGCCAAGCAAGGAACAGAAAAAGGUUGUUUGUGCUUGUGUGGCGCCUUCAAGGAACUUGGGAAGUGAUGAAUUGUCUGCCACGAAAUUCAAUGAUUUAUCUAAAUCAGAGAAUUUAAAGACCUUACGGGAACCUGACGAUGAUCGCGAUGUUCUUAUUGAGUGUCGAAACGUGUACAAAUCAUUUGGGGAAAAGCAUAUAUUGAGAGGUGUGAGCUUCAAGAUUAGACAUGGCGAUGCUGUUGGAAUAAUUGGUACUUCUGGCACUGGCAAAUCUACUAUUCUGAAGAUUAUGGCCGGACUUCUUGCCCCGGACAAGGGAGAGGUUUACAUUCGAGGUAGAAGGAGAGCUGGUUUGAUUAGUGAUGAGGAGAUAUCUGGUCUUCGAAUUGGAUUGGUUUUCCAAAGCGCUGCUCUUUUUGACUCAUUGACUGUUCGUGAAAAUGUUGGUUUCCUUUUAUAUGAAAAUUCAAGAAUGCCUGAAGAUCAAAUUUCAGAGCUCGUGAAGGAAAAUUUGGCGGCUGUUGGAUUAAAGGGAGUUGAGGAUCGUUUACCAUCUGAGUUGUCUGGCGGAAUGAAGAAAAGAGUUGCUUUGGCUCGGUCUAUUAUUUUUGAUACCACAAAGGAGUCAAUUGAGCCAGAGGUUCUUUUGUAUGAUGAACCAACGGCUGGACUUGAUCCCAUUGCAUCCACUGUAGUUGAAGAUCUUAUCCGUUCAGUUCAUAUUAAAGGUGAAAAUGCACUUGGGAACCCUGGAAAUAUUGCAUCUUACGUGGUUGUUACACACCAACAUAGUACCAUUAGGAGAGCGGUUGACAGGUUGAUAUUUCUUCACGAGGGUAAAAUUGUUUGGCAAGGGAUGACUCAUGAAUUCACAACAUCAGACAAUCCGAUUGUCCAACAGUUUGCAUCAGGGAGCCUUGAAGGACCCAUAAGAUAUUAAGACACACGCUACCAUGCUGUAUUUGAGAUGAUGAAUCAUGGCUUAAUAGAUUAGUUUGCACCAGAGGAGUUUCCAGAUGGGAAUGUCAGCAUUUUGUCAAACUGUGCUGGAAAUUUCGCCAUGCCUGCUGCUUUCUACAAAAUUUACCACCAAUCCGGAAGCUUUUAAUAAAGUUUUUCGCCUCCAUGAGUGAGUUCAUUCGUCUAUGCAUAUUUUACCUCGACGAACAGGGGUUGAUAGAUUUGAUCUGUAUAAUGGUAGUUCAUUGUCUUUUUAAGUCUAGUGAAUUUUGUGAAUCUGGCCAUGGUUUCAGCCUCAUUCAAGGAAAUGAAAUGAAAGCUCAUUAUUGAAAAAGUUGUAUACCAAUUGUUAUUUGAUUUUGAAAGGAAAAUUAUUAUAAAUUUAUAAUUUUUUAUA